UUUACUCUUAUUAAUCAUUAAUUGAACUGGCAAAAAGCAUUUUUCUUCUAUAUAUUUUGCAAUUUUUCGUCAUGGUGUCACCCCCUAAAUGGUGUCACCCGGUGCGGUCGCGACGCCUCUUGUUUUCCUAUACGUGAACUGUAAAUCCUGCACAUCUUGAUAUUACUGUACUGGCCACAGAUUGUGCAUUGCAUAAUUUCGAUGGACUUUCAAGCGAGCAAUGCAGCAGUUUUGUAAACUAAAAGAGAUCUGUUAGUGAACUGAGUAAGAUCUGUUUUGAUCAACUCAAGAAUCUAAAUCUAGUCUAGGUCUAGAACUAAAUUGUUUGUUUUCCUGUUUCAUGAAGUGAUCACGAAACUAAUAUUCAUCUACUGCUACUGGUUACCAAACAAUGGCUAAGACAUAUAAAGCAGUAAAAUGUCCAUCAGAAGAGCUCUCUCUGUUAAAUGAUGUUUUGGUUAAUGAAGGAGAUUUCAAAGAUGGGAGCUAUAUUAAUGUUUAUUCUGUGGAUCACAACCCAUUUCUGUAUAGAGUAAAAACUGAUCCUUCUAUUAAACAAGGUCAAAUGGGAUUUAACGCCUCACAUCGCAAAUGGGCAAGCAUUAUGCUCAACUCUGAUAUUAAAGUUGAGGCAGCAAAGCUAAACUCAAGGCUAUAUGGCAUUGGAACAAUUGUUUUGGAGACUGACUUUUUCACCAAGAAAGGCCAACAGAACACAACCAUUGACAGUGACAAAAUGGCGCUGGAGUUCUCCAUGUUGUUUGUCAACAGAUGUUUCUCAGUUGACGAGCCACUUGUGUUCAGAUAUGACAAAAAAUUGUAUUCAUCCACUGUCAAGGAUAUACAAGUUCUUGAUUUCUCUAAGGUGGAUGCUAAAGGAAAUGUGGCUCCAGUACCAAAAGUGUCAAGGUAUGGCGUCCUUACUCCAAACUCCCUGAUAGUGUUUGAAAAAACUGAAGGGUCACUUCUUAAUUUUAUAGGAAAAUCAAAAGGGAAAAUGGCACAAACCUCCAUUAUAAACCCAGAUUGGGACUUCACUAAGCUGGGCAUUGGUGGUCUUGAUGAUGAGUUCAGUGGUAUUUUUAGAAGAGCUUUUGCUUCCAGAGUGUUUCCCCCUGAUGUCAUUGAGCAGCUGGGUAUGAAACAUGUGAGAGGUAUACUACUCUAUGGCCCACCUGGUACUGGUAAAACUCUGAUGGCCAGACAAAUUGGCAAGAUGUUGAAUGCCAGAGAACCUCAGAUAGUAAACGGCCCACAGAUUUUAGACAAGUAUGUGGGUGAAUCUGAGGCUAACAUCCGAAAACUUUUUGCUGCUGCUGAAGAAGAGGAAAAAAGAAGUGGAUCUGCGAGUGGGCUUCACAUAAUCAUAUUUGAUGAGAUUGAUGCCAUUUGUAAAGCGAGAGGCUCUGUGGCAGGUAACUCAGCUGUCCAUGACACUGUGGUCAAUCAGCUGUUGACCAAGUUGGAUGGUGUUGAGCAGCUCAAUAAUAUACUGGUCAUUGGUAUGACAAACAGGAAAGACAUGAUUGAUGAAGCCUUGACCAGACCUGGGCGUCUUGAGGUCCAGAUGGAAAUUGGUCUCCCUGACGAGCAUGGGCGUGUCCAGAUUCUCAACAUCCACACCGAGAGGAUGCGGAAUCAUGAAAAAAUGGCUGAAGAUGUUGACCUUAAUGAACUAGCAUCCCUAACUAAAAAUUUCAGUGGAGCUGAGAUUGAGGGUUUAGUGCGUGCCGCCCAGUCCACCGCCAUGAAUCGUCUGAUUAAAGCUACAUCCAAGGUAGAGGUGGACACUGACGCCAUAGAGAAGCUGAAGAUCACCAGAGCAGAUUUCAUGCAUGCUCUCCAGUACGACAUUAAACCUGCAUUUGGCAGCAGUAAAGAAGAGCUGGAUCUUUUCCUGGCCCAGGGCAUCUUAAACUGGGGAGAACCGGUUAACCGGGUCCUGGCCGCUGGUGACCUCAUGGUGACUGAGAUUAAAAACAGUGACCAGAUUUCUCUAAUGACCAUGCUGCUAGAAGGCCCACCUGGCACAGGGAAAACAGCACUGGCUGCUAAAAUCACUAAAGACUCUGAUCUUCCAUUCUUAAAACUGUGCACACCUGAGAACAUGAUUGGAUACACUGAGGCAGCCAAGUGCCAGGUCAUUAAGAAGAUAUUUGAUGAUGCAUACAAAUCUCCUCUAAGCUGUAUUAUCAUUGAUGAUAUAGAAAGACUGCUGGAUUAUGUACCUGUGGGUCCUCGCUUCUCAAAUCUUGUACUGCAAGCAAUGCUAGUUCUGCUAAAGAAAAACCCACCAAAGGGCCACAAGCUGCUCAUCAUUGGAACCACCUCGCGCAAGGACGUCCUGCAGGACCUAGAGAUGUACUCGCUGUUCAGGACUGUGGCCCACGUCAGCUCUGUCAGCACAUCGGAGCAGCUGGUGCGUGUACUCAGGGACUCUGAGGUCUUCACCAGUGAAGAGAUAACAGAGUUAGAGAUGAAGACAAGCCACAAGCAGUUAUUUAUUGGCAUCAAAACUCUAAUCACAUUCAUGGACAUAGCCAAACAUAUGGUUGCUGGAGAGAGGGCUGAGAAAUUGAUAAAUCUGCUGGAAGAUGUAGGUGCUAUUAGUUUUUGAGGCCACUCACUGCUAGAGUAUUCUGCUCAUUCAGCCUCAGUCUCCCAUGUAUUGCCAUUGGCUAUGCAGUGUGAUGAAUAUCUCUCUAGCUAAGUUUUAAUGUAAUUAAAUAUUUUAUUUAAAAAAACUCUAGUUUUCAUUGUGAAAAUCCACAUCUGGUUUUUCUAUUUAUAUUUUUAAAAAUUAUUUGAUUAGAAUUAGUCAUUACUUAAAUUUUUAUUGUCAUUUUUUUUUAAUUCUGGUAGAAACUGACCUAACCAGUCAUCAUAAAUUAGAAAACUUAUAAUUUUGUGUCAAUUUAUGGUCAUAAUUCUGAUUUGUUUUAUGAAUAGUGUGUACAACUUUUAGCUUUAAUUCUAUUUUCAUUACGAUUGUUAAAUGGAUUUUUACUAGUAUUUUAAAAAUUGGUCUUGAUUUUAAUUCUUUAUUCAAUUAAUUCAUGUAAUUCUUAGCCUCAGUGUUGUGUCUAAUUAUAAACCUCUUGAGUGUUAGAAAUUACAUUUUAAUGGAAUAGAUGAGUCAAAACAAAUCAGAGAUGUCAUUUAUAAGAGGUUUUUUAUGCCAUAAAAUUGUAAAAAAAAUUUAAAUUAAAUUCGUCUUAUAUGUUUUUGCUCAAUUAUUCAAUAUAGUGUAAGACAAUAUAGUUUUUGUUUUUAUCUAAGUCAGAAUACAGUAUUUAGUUUUUGAAGUUCUUUAUAUACAGCUGGUUCAGAGAAUAUGAAUACUUAUAUUGUAGUUGUUUUCUGGCUAUUAAUAUCAUUCAGUAAAACAUCAACACUUGUUUCAAGGGUAGAUUAGAAACAAAUUAACUUUUUGUUUUCUUUUUGUACAUAGAAAUUGUGAUUUGCAUGUCAGUUUGUAUAUAUAUCCAAAAUAUUCUUAGUGGGUGUAUUAUAUUUGAGUAAUAAUUACUGACUAUACCAA